AUGAAGGGGGUCGGCAUCAAAGUCAGCCCCGCGGCAGUGGAGCUGCGGGAUGUCGAGCCAGGCGUGCCACAACACGGCGCUGUUGUCAGUGUCAAGAACCUCGACGGCAAGCGCUCGCACAGCGUGCGCGUCCGACCACCUGCGGGCAGGCGCUUUGCCGUGCACGGCCUACUGCAGACGGAGCGCCUGGCCCCGGGCAUGGAGGCGACUUUCGAGGUCGUGUUUGAUACGCGAGGCCUGGAGCCCGGCUGCGACUCGUUCGACCGGCUUUCAGUGCUGUCGGAUGCGGGCGAAACGGAGGUCCCGCUGCGGGCACUGGCUCCAAAUCCCCGCCUGCGCCUGCAGAGCGGCGGCGCGAGCGCCUCCAGCAGCGGCGGUACCAGCACCAGUGGCAGUGUGGGGCUGCUUGAGUUUGGGCUGGUGCAGGCUGGCAGCAGCCAACUGCGCCGGCUGCGGCUGGUAAACGAGGGGUCGCGGCCUGCAGACUGGAGGGCGCUUGUGGAAGGGGGCGUGCCUUUGAAGCUGGAGCCGGCUGCUGGGCGCCUGGAGGCCGGGGCUGCGGUCGAAUUGGUGGCUGUGCUGGCGGUGCCUGAUGCGGGCACCUUGUCUGGAGAGCUCUUGAUUCACAUGGCCCGGGCACACGGCGGCAGCGACGGCACCGGCAGCAUCGGCACCCACGGAGGCGGCGGCAGCACCAACGGGAGCGGCACCGGCAGCAACGGCGGAGGCGGCAACGUGAGCAAGGAAGCAGCUAGCCAGCAGGGCGCUGGCGGUGCGGCUGGCGAGCGACAGUGGGACAAAGAACUGGCGGCGCGUUGCCCAGUCGGAGCGGCGGUGGUCGCGUGCACGUACGAGCUGCGGUCAGAGGGAGGAGGCUGCGUCAAGGCGGUCGACUUUGGAGCUAUGUACAUGGGGGAGCGCAGCACACGCCAGCUGCUGCUGAACAACGGCGGCCCGUCCGAGGCGCGCUUUGACCUUUCCUUUGGCCCUGCGUCGGAAAUGGGAGCCGCAGACGGCUCUGGGCCUGCGGGCAGUGGCGGCGGCGGUAGUGGGGACGACCCGCACACCAGCUUCCUGCGCCUGGCACGUGUGCGGGCCAAAGCGCGCGAGGAGGCGGACUCAGCGGUGCGCGUGUCGCCGCUGGCGGGGGCCGUCCCUCCGUACGGCACGGCCCGCCUGGUGGUCUCGUUCCAGCCGCCGCACGCGGCGAGGGCCCAGGGGUUCCAGUCAAAGGAGCUGGGGGAGGACGAGGCCAUGCGCGUGUUUGACUACGUGGUGCAGAUCGACCUGACCGGCCCCACAGGCUCGCGGCCCCUUCGCCUCCCCAUCCGCGGCCGCGGCCUGCUGCCGCGCCUGCUCCCAACGCCCCGCCUGCUGCACUUUGGGGUCAUGGGCUGCGGCGAGUGGGGCGACCAGCUCGUGACGCUGGUCAACGGCUGCGCUGAGCUGCCGCUGCGCGUCGUCGCAGACACAGGCAGCCCCUACUUCAAGGCCCUCGGCAGCCACCUGGCGUCAGUUAGCUUCCUGGCAGUUUCCUCCGGCGCCGCCAGCGCGGCGGCGGCCGAGCCCCUGGCACGCGAGGCGGUCGAGGCGGUGGGCAGCUGCCAGGGUGUGCGCGAGCGGGCGGUGCGGCUGCCGGGCGGGACCGAGGCGACGCCGGAGACGUUUGCAAAGCCGAGGCGCUUCGUGGAUGAGCAGGAGGCGGCACUGUGGACCUUAAAGGCCGAGACCGGACAGCUGCCUGGCAGCUUCUCAAGGCCAAAGGUCUGGGAGACGGCGGCAAACAAGCAGGCGCUCGAGUGGAUUGGCCCUGAGGAUGGGUAUGGCGUCACCAAGGACGUGCAGGCGCGUGUGUGGCGGUUGCAGCAUGCGGACGAUUACACCAAGUUCAUCAGAGCGGGCCGGACCGCAAAGGCGAACGCGCACCUCACCCGGGAGGAGGGCGGCGAGGGCGACAAGGACAUGGGCAUGAGGCCAUACAGGCCCAAGGGCCCAGAUCCUUUGUGGACUGCCAAGCGGGAGCGCGAGGGCGGGCCCAGUGUUGCGCCAAAGGCACCUGCAUCGGCUUUGCUCGCAGCACUGCCGCUGUUCAAGGACAAGCCGGAGGGAGACAAGGAGCGUGCAGAGUGCUCCAUGGAGCUCACCCCUGCUGAGCUGGCGGGCAUCCAGGUCGCCCCCCGCACUGUUGACUUUGGGAAGGUGUCCACGGCCCAGCCGGCGUCCGCGCACUUUGUCGUCACCAACACCCUGCCCCGCGCGCUGCACGUCGCGCUGGACCUCUCUCGCGUCCCCGAGCUGGCCGGCAGCACGCCGCUGGCGCAGGUCGUGCCGCCGGGCGCCACAGCGAAGUUUCCGCUCGCGCUGAGGUGCCACGAUGUCCGAGCAAUCAGGGAGCGGUGUGAGGUGGCGGCCGAGGUGGUGCCGGUGACGCUGCGGCUGUCGGCGGAUGAGCUCAACUUCUCAUUUGGCAUUGACAACUGGGAGAAUUUUGUGGACCAGUCGCUGCUGAUGACCAACCCUCACAGCUUCCCAGUCGACUACGAAUGGGAGAGCAGCGGCGCGGCGUUCUCGGUGACCCCUCCCAGCGGCUCCAUUAAACCCAAGGGCACCGCCGAGGCGGCCGUGCGGUGGCGCCCCGCCGCCGACGGCGGCAAGGGGGGCGCAGAGGGCAAGGGCGGAAAGAGCAGCGGCGCGGCCGCGAAUAAGGCGCCCAAGACGCCGGGGGAUAAGGCCGGGGCCAAGGCUGCCCCGCCCGCCGCCGCCGCAGCCGCCGGGCCGGCGCCCGGUGGCAAGGGCACCGCAUCCCCCGACGUGGCGGCGGCAGCGGUGGCGGGGGACGAAGGGCUGAUGCAGACGGCCGUCAUGACGCUGCGGCUGAAGGGGGGCGCGGACGUGCCCCAGCGCGUCGCGCUGGUGGGGGAGCUGCCCGGCGGCUGCCUGCGCCUCAAGGAGAAGGAGCUGGCGCUGGGCGCGGUGCCCGUGGGGGAGCGGCAGGCGGCGGUCGUCACGCUGCGCAACAGCGGCACGAGAGAAGCGGCGUUCCGGGUCGUCCCCAACCCGCGUGUCAGCGUGACGCCCGACCGCGCGCGCUGCCCGCCGGAGAGCUCCCUAGAGCUGGAGGUGUCUGUCACAGUGGAGGCGCCCGGUGCGUGGGCGGCGGCGCUAGAGCUCGAAGUGCGGGGCGGCCGGCCCAUCAAGCUGCCUGUCAGGGCCGAGGGCGUCGUGCCGAGCGUGCAGGUGGCCGAGGCGUCCCUGGCGUUCCCGCCCACCUUCAUCGGCGGCACGGCCCGGCUGCCGCUCACGCUGUCCAACGCGUCCGCGGUGCCGGCCACGCUUGUGGCGAACCUUACGGCGCUGCCGGACUUCGACAUGCUGCUGCCGCGUGAGGCGUGGGCGUCUGCGGGCUACGAGAGCUGCCCUGUGCAGAAGAUCGGGGCCAACGGGGAGAUGAGCACCCUGGGCAGCAAGAGGGUGUCCCGCAGCCGGACCGGGCCCUAUGACUUCCAGCUCCCCCUCGCCUUGCACUCGGCCCCACUCACCGCCCCACCGGGCGACGGCGAGACGCAUGAAGAAAUCGGCGCCAGUGCUGGCGGCGCGCCCGCGCCGGCGGUCGCGGUGUUUGCGACCGGCGUGCAGCCGCAGGUUGUGCUGUCCAAGGGGACCUUGGACUUUGGGGCGUGCGUCGUCGGGCGCUCCGGCGGGUCGCGGAGGGCGAGCCCGUACGCGGUAGAGGUGUACGUCAGGAACAACACAGAGGGCGAGAUCCAGGUGUCGCUCGGUGACCCCAGCUCAGAGCGGCAGCCCGGCUGCCUGGGCGUGUUUGCGCUGGAGCAGCCGUGCGCGUUCACGCUGGCGCCGGAGGAGGGCGCGGGCGUCACUGUCCGGUUCACACCAAGGGACGCCAGGGCCUACGAGGCGUCCGUCCCAGUGUUCAUCCACGGCGACACAUCCAAGCCCCACCUGAGCCUCGAGCUGGCCGGCACGGGGCGCUUCCCACGCCUCACCUUUGACUCUCCGGAGGUCCUGCUGCCGCCGGUACCGCUGGGCGUGCGGUCAUGGGCGCGCUUCUUUGUCGUCAACGAUGGAUACGACAGCCUCGAGCUCAAGACCAGGCUGCCCGCCGACGAGGCGCGGCAGCCGCUGAAGCUGGAGCUGCCGGAGGGCAACCUGAUCGGGCUGGCCAAGGAGAGGCUGCCCGUGGUGGUGUCGUUUGCGAGUGGCCGCCCCCUGAGCUUCACCGCCCUCGUGGAGUUCCUGGAUGAGUCGGGGCGCUGCUUUGCGCAGACCGUCACCGGCACCACAGACAACUGCCUUCUGACAACACAGCCGUUCUUCGAGGUUAACGCGGGCCGCCUGCUGCUGACCGCGCCGCGCUGCGGGCCGCCCGCGCUGCCCCUGGAUGCGUCAGCGGACGCCUGCGAGAUGCCCUGGGAGGACGCGCUCGGCCCGAUGCACUGCUCCCAGGCGCUGGCGCGCCACCUGUCCGCCAUUACGUGCAAGCCCUGGCCGGGCGACCUGCGCAAGGCGCUGGCCGGCUCCAGAGGGAAGCUGCUGCUGGAGCUCAUCGAGACGCUGGGGAGCAAGGCUGUCAGCGUGAAGGGCUCAAAAGGGGGCGGGGCUGGUGGCGCCAACAAGACCGAAGCUGCGCGGCAGCUGGUGGCGCUGUACGAGGCGGCGCUGGCCCACCUGCGGGUCCAGGGCGCCCUGGUCAACGCGGUCAAACCAGAGCUGCUGCUGGAGGGCCCCGACUUUGACCGGCUGUCAGAGGCGCGCGGCGCGGCGGCGGCGGGGGACGCGGCGGCGGAGGAGGCGCUGGAGGCCGCGUGGGGCGACAUGGAGGCGCGCUUUGACGAGCUCGCGGCGCGGGCAUGGAGCACGGUGCUGCUGCAAAUUUUCAGGGUUUACGUGCUGGCCAAGGUGACCCCUCAGGCCCUGCGCUCGAUGCCUGGAAUGGAGAAGGCCACCGCCGCCGCGGCCGCGCUCCAGGCACGCACCGCCGCCGCAGCAGCAGCAGCAGCCUCUGCCGCCAGCGCGGCAGGAGGUGGCAAGCCUGCGCGCGGCCCUGCCGCUCCGCAGGCGCAGCAGGGCGCCCCGGCGGCCGCGGUGCGCUCGACCGGUGCAGCCAGCCGCGCACGCUCUGCCUCGACCGCCGCUGGGGCCGCCCCCGCUGCCACUGCCACGCUUGAGCCGCCGAUUGAGCUGGGGCCCGGCGACAUUCCCGGGGACGAGGUGCUGGGCGGCAGCAACGUCUACAGCACUGCGGAGGCGUGCCUGCUGGCCUGGCUCAACAUCAACCUCGCGCGCACGUUCCCCGAGAGGUCUGAGGGCAUCUCAAACCUGGACUCUGACCUCCGCAACGGCGUCGCCCUCUUCGCCUGCCUCGCCAACGCCUGGCCCCGCUUCGCGCCGCGCCGCGCGUUGGUGCGGGUGCGGCCGGCAGGGGCGCAGGAGGCGCGGCAGAACGCAGAGCUGGUGGUGUGGUGCCUGGAGGACCUGUCCCUGCCCUACGAGGUGUCAGUGGCUGACCUGGUGUCACCAGAGGCGGGUGACCUGAUGCUGCUGGCGACCUACCUGUUCCAGACGCUGCCGCAGCUGGCCCCCAAGUCAACAGUGGAGUUCCUCAGCAAGCUCAACGAGCCGCAGUUGCGCGAGGUGGAGCUGUCAAACCCCGGCCGCCGCCUGAUGUCCUACUCCGCGCGGCUGGAGGGGCACCCGGACUUUGCGCUCGAGGUGUCGAGCAUCAAGAUAGAGCCCGGCAAAACGGCGCGGCUGGGCGUUAGGUGCACUCCCACCACGGCCGUCCCCCGCGAGGCGCUGCUCGUGCUGCUGCCCCGCCGCGACGGCAGCGCGCCCGCCGCCGCGAUGGUGUUCCAGCUGCGCGGGGCGGCGCGGGCGCGGGCGCCGCUCAAGAGGGUGGAGGUGGCGGGGCCCUUGUACGAGAUGGCGCAGUUUGACGUACACGUGGUGAACCCCUUCCCUGCGGACUGCGACUUCACUGUGACAGUGCUGCACGAGCUGCCAGAGGACGACCCCGCAGCCGCAGCUGCCCAGCAGCCGCUGCGAAGCGGCGCCAAGGGCCGCGGCAGCGGCGGCGAUGCCGCCUCAAAACCUGCACCAGGCGGCCCUGCGCCCGCAACCGGCGGCUUGAAGGGCAACCAGCAACAGCAGCAGGCCGCGGGCAAGGCGUUCGCCGACCCCUUCGGCAUCGACCGGCCCCGCCUGCGGCUGCGCGCCGGCGCCGGCGAGAAGCUGAGGGGCAGCUUCCUCCCGUUCGCCCUGGGCCAGAGCCGCGCGAUCCUGGUGCUGAAGGACGCAGAGUGCGGGGAGUUUUGCUACGAGCUGCGCGGCGAGGCGGGGCCGCCAGCGGCAUUCAUGGAACACAAGGCGGUCGCGGCGCAGGACGGCGGCGCCCAGUUUGUGGACGUCCCCCUGCCCUUUGUGAACCAGCAGCUUGAGGCGGCGCGGCGCACAUACAUGGAAAAGCACCCCCUGGGCCGUGACAAGGACCAGCUGGCUCGCCUGAGGCAGGAGCCGGGCAAGCCGCUGACGUCGCCCGCCCCCGGCGGCACGCCAGCCCCUCAGCCGGCUGCUGCUGCUGCUGCUGCGUCGGCGGCGGCGGCGGCCCAGCAGCAGGGUGCUGACGCGGCGGCGGGCGCGGGGGGCGUGAAGGCCGAGCGGGUCGUUGAGUAUGCGGUCGCAAGCAGCAGCGCCCUGGUGUCUGCGCCCGCGGCGCUCGCGCUGCGCUCAGGCGCGGAUGCGCAGCCAGGGGCCGACAGGGGCCAGCCCGCCGCCGGCGGCGGCCAGAAGGCGCAGAAGGGCGGGGCCGCCGGCGGCGGUGCCGCCGGGCGGCCGGGCGCCGGCCCGCCACCCAACACGCUGCGGCUGAGCGUGAGGCCGUCAGGGACGGGCCUGUACCCGGCGCGGGUGACGCUCAGCAGCCCGGGUGACGUCAGGGUUUUGGCCGUCGAGAUCAGCGCGCAGUGCCUGGGGCAGAGCUACGCCCUGGAGCUGGAGUGCCCCGCGCGGCAGCAGGCGUCCCAAGAGAUCCCCCUGGUCAACGCAAGCGACAGCGGGCUGUCCGUCCAGGCUACGCUUGUGACCACCAGCGGGCCCGGCGGCGACAAGGUGCCGCAGGUCUUCUCAGGCCCGCGCGAUGCCAGCGUCCCGGCCGGCGCCACCGCGCCCUACCCCCUGACCUUCCGCCCGCUCGCGCCCGGCACCUACAGCGGCCGCCUGGAGCUCUUCUUCCCGGCGACCGGGGAGAGGAAUGUGUACAGCCUGACGGGCCGCUCAGGGGAGCCACUGGAGGAGGGCCACCUGCUGGUGGAGUGCACGGCGCGCGUCCCCGUCCAGCGGCGGCUGCAGGUGCCCAACCUCCUGGGGGCGCUGCCCCUGACCUACUCGGUGCUCUGCGACCUCGACUGCCUCGAGGGACCAGAGGUGCUGCAGUGCACAAGCACCAGGUCCCCCGAGAACUACAAGUUCAGCGUCACCCCCCUGCGCAGCGGCACCUUCAUGGGCACACUCAGCUUCGUGGCGCCAGACGGCAACUACGCCUGGUUCGGCAUCGAG